CUGCAAAGACAAUAAUUAGCAAGUGGAGAAAAUAUGGCAUGACAGUGACACUACUAAGAAACAGGAUGUCCAUCUAAAAUAGAUGAGAAGAUCAGGAGAAAACUGGUCAGGGAAGCUGCUGAGAGACCUACAGCCUCAUUACAAGAAUUGCAGCAGUUUCUGGCAAGUACAUGUGACAACAAUCUCCCGAAUUCUUCAUAUCUCUGGACUGUGGGGUAGGAGGACAGGACGGAAGCCUUUUUUAGCCAAAAAAAAAAUACAUCCAAUCUUCCAAAACCAUGUGGAAUAAUGUCUAAUGAUCUGAUGAGACCAAAGUUGAACUUUUUUGGACAUAAUACCAAAAGACAUGUUUGGGGAAACAUGGGGUGGCAGCAUCAUAUUUUGGGGCAGUUUUUUCUUCAGCUGGAAUUGGAGCUUUAAUCAGGGAAUAAUGAAUAACUACAAAUACCAGUCUAUUCUGGCACAAAACUUUAAGGCUUCUGCUAAAACACUUAAGAUGAAGAGGAAUUUCACCUUUCAGCAAGACAACGACCCGCAGCAAACCUCCAGGUCCACCAAGGAACGGCUUCACCUAAACAUGUUCAAGGAUGUGGAAUGGCCCAGCCAGAGUCCAGACCUAAAUCCAGUCAAAGAUCUGUGUGGUGACCUGAAGAGGGCAGUGUACAGGAGACGCCCCGCCCAUCUGACAGAGUUAGAAUGCUUUUGUAAGGAAUAAUGGCAAAAUAUUGCUAAAUGAGGUUGCUCCAAUCUGAUUGACUCUUACCCAAGAAGAUUUAAUGCUGUGAUAAAAUCUAAAGGUGCUUAAGUUAAACUAAGUAUUAGUUUAAGGGUGUGUACACUUAUACAACCAGCUUAUUGUAUAAAAAAAAUAAAUAAAAAAAAUUUAAAAUAAAAUUUCCCCUAAAAUCAUCCUUUUUUUUUUGCAGUUUAAUUAAUAGGUUAAAAUUUCACAAUAAAGGCAGAAAAGGUUCUGACAUAAUUUAUCCUGAUUUUAACAGGGGUGUGUAGACUUUUUAUGUCCAUUGUACCUGCCUGAAGACUUCAGCUCCAAUCAUAAUCCUGACCACCUGACCAUCUAAUCACUGCCUUAAGAAGUUCUUGAUCAACUAAAGCAGGUGUUAGAUUUUGGUAGGAGAUGAAACUUGCAGGAAGGUAGAUCUCCAGGAAGAGGGAUGGUGACCACUGGUGUAGAUCAUGGAAAAGAACCUUAGAAGAAUCGAUGCUGUGGAAAGAUAAGGUGGCGAUGUCUCCUGGAGAGGACGGUCUGAUCGGAAUCCCAUUCCCUGAGCACAGCAAUGAGCUGUUGUCCCGCCUCAAUGCUCAGCGCCGCUCCGGCCUGCUCUGUGACCUCACACUGACCUCCCGUGGUGCCCGCUACCCCACACACCGCGCUGUCAUGGCGGCCGUCAGCCUGUAUUUCCGCCGGCUGUUUGGGGCGGAGGACGUGGGCGAGGCUGGUGAGGUGAGUGAGGGCUGCAGCGUGUGCCAGCUGGACUGUGUGUCCCCAGACGCUCUGGAUGCUCUGCUAGAGUUCGCCUAUACAGCUACGUUAACCAUCCGCUCAUCUGGCAUGCGCGAGGUCCUCGAGGGGGCGCAGCUACUCGGCAUCCAGUGCGUGGCUGAUGCCUGCCGCCACAUCUUGGGCGAGGUGGGGGAGAGUGGUGAGCUGGGUGGGGAAGGUGACGAACCGGGUAGGGGGGGUGAGUUGGGUGUGACCUACAAGGAAAAAAGAAAUCAGUUUGAGAACAACCAAAAGACACCAUCACGCAGAAAACAAGACCGUCGCAACGUAGAGAAGGCAGCGUCACCUGUACGUCUGGCGUGGAACACACAAUCCCAGGAGGACAAGCCCAAAUGUGAAGUUCCACCCACCCCUGAGCACAAACCCCACCCACCACAGAAUGGAGCUUCAAAAAGUGCUCAGCAGUUGGGGCUCAUGAAUGGAGGAGCACACUGGCAUCCACAGCCAGCUAAAGAGGAGGAGGAGGAGUCAAAACCCGAGGGGCUCACACCUCCUCUGAACCACACCCCCUCUCAGGCUGAAACAGCAGUGGGUGGAGCAGUAGAGGGUGUAGCCAGGAAGAGGAAGUCUCAGGCUCCUCAGCAGUGUCCCGUCUGCCAGAAGAUCAUCCAUGGAGCAGGAAAGCUUCCACGUCACAUGAGGACACACACGGGCGAGAAACCGUUCCAGUGUAUGACCUGCGGCGUGCGCUUCACACGGAACGAUAAGCUGAAGAUCCACAUGCGGAAGCACACGGGCGAGCGGCCGUACUCCUGCCCCAGCUGCCCCGCCCGCUUCCUGCACUCCUAUGACCUGAAGAACCACCUGUCCCUGCACAGCGGGGUGCGGCCCUUUGAGUGUCCGCUCUGCCACAAAGCCUUCGCCCGUGAGGACCACCUGCAGCGCCACCGCAAGGGCCUUGCCUGCCUUGAGCUUCGCCCACGUCUGGAGCUCCGCCCACGCCGCACUCGCCACACCGCCUCUCCUCACUCUCCACUGUCGCCAGCAUCAUUAUCUCCAAAAUCCUCAUCAUCCACUGCACCACACUUCCUAUUCCGGCAGGAAAUGGAGAACCAAGGCGCUCCAUCAAAUGGGCCAUUGAUUCCUGGAGGCGUGGCAUAUCACAGAAUCCUCCAGUGGAGGGUGAUGGAAGAGAGAGGAGACACAGGAUGGAGGGAGGAUGAGGAGGAGUCUUAGUGUGUGUGUGUGUGUGUGUGUGUGUGUGUGUGUGUGAGAGAGAGAGAGGGAGAGAGACUAUGCCGCUAAUGAAAGACCAACUUAAUGUAAAAAUAAUCAAAAAAUUACAAAAAGGAAUCUGAAUCGGAGAAACGGGUUCUUAUUUUCUUUCCUUUCGUGUUGUUUUUAUAAAAGGAGCUUAAUUUUGUUUUCGUGUGUGUAACGCUGGAACGUCGGGGCUUUGAUCUCAGUGCGCUUUGUGUUCAACUUUAAUCUUUAAUCACAGAAAUGAAUAAUAAAUGAUAGAUUUAUGUUGUUAAUAUAUUCAGGGUGAUGAAAUAUAAAAUUAAAUAAUACUGGGAGUUUAGUGUGUGUGUGUGUGUGUGUGUGUGUGUGUGUGUUUUAUGGCGUUUAAACAGUACUUUUUUUAAUUUAAAUCUAAAGUAUCUUUCUACGAUUCUGUUUAAACGUCAUGGAAAGUGGUUUAUUAGUGACACCUGGUGGUGGAGCAGAGAACUGCACUUCCCCAGCAUUCCCCGCCAAUUAGUUUCCUUAGCAACUCUAUAGCUUCAACUUCGCAACCAACAGGGCUUAUAUUGAAACCUCCUAGAAACACCAUAGCAACCACCUGGGACCCCUAGCAACCAGCUGGCACAGCAUAGCAACUUUUAAACAUUUUAAUGCUUUAACACAGCCUUUAGCUUUUUAACCUUUACUUCCUUAACUGUUCAUAGCAACCAAGUAACAACACCCUAACAACCAACUUAGUUAGCAUAGAAAUUUAGGAUAAAACAACAAUCUAACCUUUACAUAUAAUUUUUUUUUUUACUUUUUAACGUUUACGUGCUUAACUAUUUAGCCUUUACUCGUUUAACACCUUUAGCAUGUUUAGCAGGAUCUGUCAAGUCAACGCUUAAAGUUCAUUCACAAACUUUAGCCGUCUAGUUAAUUUUUAAAUUACUAUUCCUUUGCACUUGCUAACUUUCUAGCAUAAAAUCUUAACACCUAAUAAAAUCUAGUAGAAUUACCUGUGAUGUAGCUGAUGUGAUUCCACAAAGGUUCAGUAUUUUUAAACUAUACACACAUUACUGACGUUAGCUUGUGAACAAUAUGCUAGCUAGCUUCCAUGAUACCGAUCCCAUGUUCUAAUUAGCUUUGCUCACCAAUAAAAGAAUACUACUAAUAAGCAUAAUACAAUAACUAUAUGAAACCAAAUAAACUAGCUUGCUGAGUGACAGAGUAUGCUAGUUAGCUAGCAGAAUAACAAUAAAAUUAUAUUAAUCAUGUUGACAAACAACAAAAAACAUGCUUGUCAAAUGUUUUAACUUGAAUUGAUCUAAUAAAGUAAAGGCGUGGCCCUUAAAAUGUCCAAGGGGACUGAACCAUGGAUGAGGGAAAGUGUUAAUAACAGCUUUUCUUAUCAGCUAGCAUGCUAAUUACAUGGUGAUACUAAAGCAAGGAUGGAAUAGGGAGAGGGGACGUGUUAAAAACAGGAUUGGAACAGGGCCCAAUUCCUGAAUGAGUUUAGCACUUAAACAGAUAAAUCUCUGGACCUUGUCAUUAUUAUUAUUAUUUUAAAUUAUUCUUAUUCUUCGUGCCACUUCCUCGGUAGAUAAAUAUAAACUGUAGAGCCUUCUGUGGGUUUAUUUAUUAGUUAAAUAUUUAAUAUUUCUUUAAUGUUCUCUUUAAAACACACACACACUUUGUGUGUGUAUCUUUGUGGUUUGUGAUGCCACAGUGAUGAGGGAAGGGCUGUAGUCCAGCAGGGGGCGUCGCGCUCUCACACUCUAGCAUUCACGUGUUUUACUACUUAUAUCUGUUUGUGCUCUUACGUUGAAGCUGCGUCUCAAGUCAUGUAUCCAUAGUGCACUAGCCUUAAUUAGCACAGUAGUGUGUUCACACUGGGAGACUCUGCAUCAGAAAUCGCCUACUGUGACAGCACCUUCUGCAUUCAGUUCAGUACCUUCUGCAUUCGGUUCAGUACCUUCUGCAUUCGGUUCAGUAGCUACUGCAUUUGUUUCAGUAGCUACUGCAUUCGGUUCAGUACCUACUGCUCGGCCAUUGAUACAGUACGUCCUGGUCAGUAUAUGACGUAUGUAGUAUGAAUACAAUCUGGACGUACUUUAGUCACCAUGUUGGCCAUGUGCCAGAGAGCGACGUGCUGCAUUCCACCAUUUUUGAUUCUGACAGCUCUUCGUCGCCAGUCCUGUUGCAUCAUGGAAUAGCGCAGUGUCCCAUGGUUCCAUACUGUAGAAUUGAGGCGGAAGCAGUGGGUCAUCCGGAUAUUUCUCACCUACUGAUGUACUGUAUAGUAGGGAUGUAGGGAUAUUCAGGCGCAGCCUCAGUGAGAUGCAGUGCCCUAUUAACACUGUGAUAAAGCACUUUUUCUAUAUGGAGCAGAUGGAAACUGGCCAAUCAGAACAAGAGCUUACAACAGGAACCAAUGACCGAAUAAGGGCGUGGCAAUGUGUGGAACACCACAGGGGUCAGAACGCUUUAAUUUCUUCUUUAAGCACAAAUUUAAUAAACUUGUCAAUGAGGAGCGUCGCUGUUCUUCUAAAUGAACAUUCAAUAUUGCAGAUGCUUCUUUUACUUCCUGCUGCAGAGUUGAUAUGGAAAUGGAACUGUUGGAGGCGGAGCUUGCUGUUCUGAACGCCACUGAUUAUAUGCAGUCUCUGCAAAAGAGCAACCCUCUUACCUACCAUUUUAGUCGUUGCUCAAGUUUUUGGUUCUGGAAAUGUUUGGUUCUUCAGAAUAAACUGAAUAACUGAAUCAGUCAUGUGUGUUUUAAAGAAAGGUUUAAGAGCUGUGUGAGUAAAACUGCCUUCAAUUUCUCAGGAAUUAUAAAGCAAUGCACUGAAAUGCGUAUGUAAAUGAGAAUGCAAAUGAAUAUGCAAAUGAGUGGUGGAUAUUAUUAACCCUUGUUUAUUUUUGUGGAAUACAGAUGAUGAUGAUCUAUUUCAAAUUCCUAAAUAAAUUAUUAGAGAAUUUUAUAUUAUAUAGAAUUAUAGUUUAUUACACAGAACUGGGUGUUUAUGAGGGAAUUAACAGAUAUCUUGAUCACUGUUAAUAAACAGAAAUAAUUACGUGCUGUAUAUUUCUCUGGUGUAAACAUACAAGGUCAAUAAAUAGAGAAUAUUCUAGUAGAA